ACAAAAAUAAUAAUAAUAAAAAAAAAAUUCGAGAAAGGAAGAAAAGCCAAGUGAAUAUCGAAUCGCAGUGAAGCUAAAAUUAGGGUUUUUCUCACUCCACCAUAGCCGUUCCUCCCUCUUUCUCUCUCCUGUUGAAUUUCUGAGUGAGAAAGCUUUCAACAAUGGCGACCAUAGUUCCAACAACCGAGGAAGAUCCAGCUCUCACCGUUGUUCGUUUCGUUUCCGAGCUUACUUGGGGCGACGCCGGUGCCGAGGUUGCUCAGCCUCAAGUUGCGAGAUUAUGCCAGGAGGCGCAGGAAUGUAUGGUGAUGGAGAGAUGGAUUGAUUUGGCAUCGCUGAUUCUUACUUCUGCUGAUUUGGUUUUCUCUAAGGUUGCUGAGAAAGAUAUUGAGUGCAUCUACACCGUAAUUUGCAACCUUGUCACAAAGUCUGAAAACCCUGUGGAGGUUUUGGAGAUCGUGAAACUUAUUUCUGCUAAAAUUGUUCAACAACCAAAUGAGAAGCCUGCUCUGCGACUGAAGAUAUUGUUCAAUCUUUAUAACCUUCUUGAAGACGCAUACAGCCGUUUCUAUGUUUACUUGAAGGCCCUCAACCUGGCUACCAGUGGUAAAAUUACUGAGCAUGUUGCACCUUCCAUCAAGAAAAUUGACAGUUUCUUGAGUGAAUGGAAUCUUAGCAUCCAAGAUCAGAGAGAGCUUUUUCUUGCAAUCUUCAACGUUUUGAAAGAGAGUAAAAGCUCUGGAAAGGAAUCAUUCAAUUUUCUCACAAAGUAUUUGGCAACUUUUUCUACUGAGGAUGAACAAGCUUUGAGUGAGGCCAAAGAGGAGGCCGCCAAUGCUAUCAUAGAAUUUGUGAAAGGACCUGACAUGUUUCAGUGUGAUUUGCUGGACAUGCCGUCAGUGUUACAGCUAGAGAAUGAUGCUAAAUACUCACUGCUAUAUCAACUCUUAAAGAUUUUCCUUACUCAGAGGCUGGAUUCUUACAUAGAAUUUCAGGCAGCAAACUCUACCUUGCUGAAGAACUACGGUCUUGUUCAUGAAGAUUGUCUGGCAAAGAUGAGGCUGAUGUCAUUAGUAGAUCUUGCCUCUAGUGAGUCGGGGCAAAUUCCAUAUGCUCUUAUCAAGGACACUCUUAACGUCAAUGACAAUGAGGUAGAACAUUGGGUUGUUAAAGCCAUUACUGCCAAGUUGCUCGACUGUAAGAUGGACCAGAUGAAUCAGGUCGUCAUUGUGAGUCGUUACACUGAGCGAUUGUUUGGGCAACAACAAUGGGAAAACCUUCGAUCAAAGCUAGGAACAUGGAGGGGAAAUAUUGCAAGCGUAAUCAGCACAAUCCAAGCAAACAAGGCAACUGAGGAUGCCUCACAGGCAAUGCAGAGCAUGACAGUUCGUUGAGAUUCAGUGUCUGAUUUUUUCCCCCGUCACCUACACAGUUAAAAAUCUUUAAGGGCACAUUAGUUGUAAUUACCCUUUAAUGUGUGGCGGAAUUGAAGUCCAAUCCCGCGAUUUUGACCGAGGUUGCUUUGUGUUCCAUAACUGUUCUUCAAUAUUAAUUUGUUCCUGUAGACAAUUUCUUAUAGCGCAAUUUAUAUAUUUUUCCCCACUUGAAAUAUGCUUCUUAUGUUGUCAUCCUUGAACUGAAAGCAAAUUAAGGCACCCUGUUAGCCCUUUA